GAAACGAGUCAGUCGUCUGGGGACGGCAGAGAAGCAAGUAUUCUGCAAGCUUGAAGCGUUGUGUUCAAAUCACUGCCGAGACGACCAGACGAGUAUCUAACAAAAGUAUUCCAUUGAAAAAUAAGGACCAGGGAUGUCAGCUCAACAGGAGCGUGCUAGCUCCUCAGGAGCGCAGCAGCAGACGCAGCAGGAGGACGAGCAGUGCGGACCCGUGCUCAUAGCCAGGCUCGAGCAACACGGCAUCUCAGCAAGUGACAUCAAGAAGCUGGAGGAGGCCGGCUACUGCACUGUAGAGGCCGUGGCAUUUGCCCCCAAGAAGAGUCUACUGGCCAUUAAAGGCAUCAGUGAGGCAAAGGCAGACAAGGUGAUGGCAGAGGCCGGCAAGCUCGUGCCCAUGGGCUUCACCACCGCCACAGAGUUCCACCAGAAGAGAUCUGAGAUCAUACAGUUAACUACAGGCAGCAAGGAGCUGGACAAGCUGCUAGGAGGCGGUAUAGAGACCGGCUCAAUAACUGAAAUUUUCGGGGAAUUUCGGACGGGCAAAACCCAGCUGUGCCACACCCUGGCCGUUACAUGCCAGCUGCCCCUGGAGAUGGGGGGCGGGGAAGGCAAGUGCCUCUAUGUCGACACGGAAGGGACGUUCAGACCGGAACGUCUGCUGGCGACGUCUGAACGCUACGGGCUGAACGGCGCCGACGUCCUCGAUAACGUCGCCUACGCACGGGCCUACAACAGCGACCAUCAGAGCCAGCUACUGGUGCAGGCCGCAGCCAUGAUGGCUGAAGCCAGUUACAAGUCUGUAAUACAAGCUGUAACUGUACCUGCAGGCUGUAACUGUAACUGUACUUGCAGGCUGUACCUGCGCAAGGGCCGCGGGGAGACGCGUAUCUGCAAGAUUUACGACUCGCCGUGCCUGCCUGAGGCCGAGGCCAUCUUCGGCAUCUAUGCCGACGGCAUCGGCGACUCCAAAGACUAGGCCUCUUGGAUGCCGAGGCCCGCGCCUCUUGGAUGCCGAGGACCGCGCCUCUUGGAUGGUGAGGACCGCGCCUCUUGGAUGCCGAGGACCGCGUCUCUUGGAUGCCGAGGCUCACGUCUCUUGGAUGCUGAAGACCGCGCCUAUUGGAUGCCGAGGCCCGCGCCUCUUGGAUGCUGAGGACCGCGCCUCUUGGAUGCUGAGGACCGCGCCUCUUGGAUGCCGAGGCCCGCGUCUCUUGGAUGC